UGUGUUUAUGUUAAUUAACGGUCAAUUACCGUGAGACCGGCAGUUAUUUGCUUGACAAUCACCGGCUGACAAAACUUCAUGACGCCACAACCCUAGCUGUCACUAACCUCUCUUUUAAGCUUCCUACUCUCAUCCCAUGCUUGAAUCAUCAAUUGUGGGAACACAUGGGAGAAAUUAGGUGCAUGGGAACUGUGAACACAAUGGGAGGUGACUGUAUAGGCUACACACAGUAAAAUCAAGUGAACAUUUUGCACUUGCAUGACAUAUUUUUCAAAGUAGGACUUAAUAUUGUACUGAGUACACAAUGACACACAUUAAUACUAGCUUGCUAUAGAAUGAAUGACGUCCCAUAACAUAAGGUCAUACUUCUUCGUUGAUUUUCUUCUCCUUGCUCGUCUCUUUCUUCAACUGUUGGAUGUACUUCUCUCUGCGGUCCAGUUGAGCCUCCAGUUUGCGCAUCUCGUCCCGCAUGAAGAGAUAAAACCACAACAAACAAUCUCCUUAAGUACUAUGAGUGACUUUACUAUUGGCUGAGAGGUGUACUAAGCCCGUUGAAGGAAACUGAGCAGCAUGAGGUGAAAUAACCUGUGGUCCAAUUCAAACAAAACUGCUAUCCAGAACCGGCAGUUUCGAUUGAAUAUGGACUCUAAUGAUUCACCAUUUCAUUUAAUGACAACAUUCACACCAAGCCUUAUCUUUAACUCUUGUUCCUACUUUAACUCCUUGGCCUUCCACUCAUUUUCUGUAAGACACAAAAGAGAUACUGUUAAAGUAUCUACUGUGGGCCAUUAAUUUCUAACAAUACACUUAACAACGCUUAAUUUCUAACAAUGCUUCUGUACCAGCAUUAUCAAUGAGUUCAAAUGCCAUGGUUACCUCCUCUUUCUUCCACUGCAGAAAAAUAUAAAGAUUUUGGGUCAGUAUCAGUACCACCAGUAAUAAAUAACAUGAAACAGACUAUAACACACGCAUAUUGUAAAUCCACACACAAGCAAGUCAUAGUUAGUAGUUACACUGCAUGUGAUGCAAAUAUAAUCAAACUGUUCUACAUUACUUAAACCACACUGUGUAGAGCUUAUUCCUUCAAAGCAACUAUGUAAUGUAUUCUACUGAUAUUAACAUUGGAUAUAAUAAUAUUAGGAAUGCAUUUCAGCACAGCGAUGUGAAUGGAUCACAGAGUUGUAGUGAGUUUGAAUAAUGCAGCUCUGGAUCUGAAUGGGUAAUAAUAGCAUGGGAAACCUUUAGAAGGCCCUGAGCGACACGCAAGAGCUGAACUAUUUUCUCUGGGCUUCCAGCUCCCUCUCCCAUUGUUUGACCUGCAGAGAAAUAGGGCACCACCGCUGUUCAGUGAAACACACAGUGAAUUUGACAUCAGGCAGAAACACAUCAACAGUAAUGCUUGGUGUAAAAUGGGAGUAAAACCCUGUGACCAGCAGUGUCUAGAGAUCCAGUAACUAGUACUGCUUGGUCUUUUAUAUAUGUUCCUGUCUCACUGGUAGUAUCAGAGAACAAAAUUGCUUACACUUUUGUUUAGUCUACAAGCCAGGUGCUUGAUUCUGGCUAGGGGAAAUGGUAGGGGGAUCAAAAUGAGGUGUGCAGAAUAGGAUUAGUCUGUUUAGGCUUUGAGGCAUUUUGCUGACACAGACAGUCUGUGCUUUGGCGGAAGGCAGGGGAGUCCUUUGUGCUGUUGACAGACAAAUCAGUAGCAGGACCACUCAUUUCAAUGGUCAGACAUCCAUAUCAACAAGAAAAACUAGAUUGGACUAUUUGAUUGAUACAGUAUCAGAUUAGAAGAGGAUUUGGGGUGCAGUGAUCAAUGAAGCCUUUGGUCAUCGAUGGCUGUCGUGUCGUGGAAGGAGGUCUUGCUUUUGAUCGGACUGGUGGUGGGAUGCUACUGGAACAGCCUGUCCUGUGGCUUUGUGUUCGACGAUGUCUCGGCCAUUCUGGACAACAAGGACUUGCGGCCCGCCACCCCACUCAGCAACCUGUUCUUCAAUGACUUCUGGGGCACGCCCAUGUCUGAGGAGAGGAGCCACAAGUCCUACCGGCCCCUGACCGUGCUCACGUUUAGGCUGAACUACGUCUUCAGUGAGCUGAGUUCUGCAUCCUACCACCUGCUCAACGUGGUGCUACAUGCCGUGGUGUGUCCGCUAUUCCUGCGCAUCUGUCGUCUCUUCCUGGACAAGACCUCCAGCCUGGUGGCGGCCCUGCUGUUUGCUGUGCACCCCAUCCACACAGAGGCCGUGACUGGUGUUGUAGGAAGAGCGGAGCUCCUGUCCUCCAUCUUCCUUCUGGCUGCAUUCCUGGCCUACACCAGAUCGAAAGGAGCCGACCACUCCAUCGUGUGGACUCCCAUUGCUGUGACCGUGGUUUUGGUGGCUGCAGCCACGUUAUGCAAGGAGCAGGGAGUCACGGUCAUCGGUAUCUGCUGUGUCCAUGAGGUGUUUGUUGCACAAGGGUUCACGCUGCCCAUGCUGCUGUACACACUCCUCCAGGUGCUGAGGGGUAAAGAUGGUUUCCCCUAUGCUGUCCUGCAGACGCUCCUCAAGCUCAUAGUCCUCAUCAUCAGCACCUUGCUGCUGGUCAUCAUCAGGGUCCAGGUCAUCCAAUCACAGCUUCCUGUCUUUACCAGGUUUGACAACCCUGCGGCGGUCAGCCCCACUCCGGCCAGGCAGCUGACCUUCAACUACCUGCUGCCAGUGAACGCCUGGCUCCUUCUCAACCCAUCAGAGCUGUGCUGUGACUGGACCAUGGGGACCAUUCCUCUGGUGGAGAGUCCUCUGGACCUCAGGAACAUGGCCACCCUGGCCUUCUACAGCCUCCUGGGCCUGCUGGCCUACCACAGCCUGCGCCACUCAAACUCCUCCGCCAAGACCGUCCUCAUGGCCCUCUCUUUGAUCGUGUUUCCCUUCAUCCCGGCCUCCAACCUCUUCUUCCCCGUGGGCUUUGUGGUGGCUGAGAGGGUGCUGUAUGUUCCCAGUAUGGGAUUCUGUGUUCUCGUGGCUCACGGCUUCAGGAUUGUCUCCCACAAGGGACACAUGAAGAAAAUCUCCUGGCUGAUGAUCGGAGUGCUCCUCACCACACAUACAGUCAAGACCUUCAACAGAAACUGGGACUGGGAAUCUGAAUACACACUGUUCACCUCUGCUCUGAAAGUCAACAAGAACAAUGCCAAGCUAUGGAACAAUGUUGGCCAUGCUCUGGAAAAUCAAAACAAUUACGAAAAAGCUCUGAGAUAUUUCCUUCAGGCCACCCGGGUCCAAGCAGAUGACAUCGGAGCCCAUAUGAAUGUGGGAAGGACCUACAAGAACCUGAACAAGUCCAAGGAGGCUGAGGAAGCCUACCUGGUUGCCAAAUCCCUAAUGCCACAGAUCAUUCCAGGGAAGAAGUACGCCACCCGUGUGGCGCCCAACCACCUGAACGUGUACAUUAACCUGGCAAACCUGAUCCGUACCAACGACUCACGCCUGGAAGAGGCUGACCAACUCUACAGACAAGCCAUCAGCAUGAGGCCUGACUUCAAGCAAGCCUACAUCAGCAGAGGGGAGCUGCUGCUGAAGAUGAACAAGCCGUCCGAGGCCCGGGACGCCUACCUGCGGGCCCUGGAGCUGGACAGAAACAAUGCUGACCUGUGGUACAACCUGGCCAUCGUCAACAUCGAGAUGAAGGAGCCCUCAGAGGCCCUGAAGAACUUCAACCACGCCCUGGAGCUCAACCCAAACCACAAACUGGCCCUCUUCAACUCUGCCCUGCUCAUGCAGGAAUCCGGUGACCCCAGGUUCCGUCCGGAGGCCAACCGUCGUUUCCUGACCUACAUCCAGGAGGAGCCAGACGAUGCCAACGGCUACUUCAACCUGGGGAUGCUGGCCAUGGACGCCAACGAGAACGCUGCGGCCGAGCGCUGGAUGAGGGAGGCCAUCCGUCUACAGACGGGCUUCCGCAGCGCCCUCUUCAACCUGGCCCUGCUCUACUCGCAGUCUCGACAGGAGCUGGAUGCCUUGCCUGUAUUAGACGAGCUGCUGCGCCACCACCCAGAGCAUGUUAAAGGUUUGAUUCUCAAGGGGGAUAUCCUGAUGAACCACAAGAAGGACACCCAGGGGGCCAAGGUCUGCUUCCAGAGGAUCCUCCGUAUGGACCCCACCAACGUGCAGGGGAAACACAACCUGUGUGUGGUCUACUUCGAGGAGCGAGACCUGCCGAGAGCAGAGCGCUGCCUGGAGGAGACGCUGGCCCUGGCCCCCCAUGAGGAGUACGUACGCCGCCACCUGGGCAUCGUGCGUGGCAAGAUGGCAGCCAUGUCUGCGGCAGGGCAGCCACUGAGCCAAGCGCCAGCAGAGGGCGCAGCUACAAUAGCCAAGGAGGAGGAAAAUAAGCUGGGAAAGAAGGAGGAGGAAGUGAGCGGAGCCACCGGCAGCGAUGGAGUUGGGGAGGGUGCCGGGAAUAAGAAGAAUGUGCGGAAAUCCUCCUCGGCAAAAAGCUUUCAAGGUGGCGGCGAUAGCCAAUCAGAGCAUCUGGAUGGCGGCCAGGCUGACAAGCAGCAGAGGACUAAGAGCAAAUCCACAAAAGAGAUUAAAGAUAUAGAGAAGAAACGGGCGGCCGCCUUGAGGAGACUGGAGGAGAUUGACCGCAUAUUAAGCGGUGAUUAACCUUGUUGUUAUUUACUGCAGCGCAGGACACAGCUCCUGAAUCACAGGUGUGAUGUGUCCCAAAUUGCACCCUAUAAUAACAUACACUGAGUAUACAAAACAUUAAGAACACCUGCUCUUUCCAUGA